CGACAGUGACAGCGUCUCCCACAGUCGCCUCCCCUCUCCUCUCUCGUCGUCGUCAGCUCCACUCCUCACUUGUUCCCCGCCCACUGCGCGCUCGCCUCAUCGCCACCGGCCACCCCGUAAAAUCCACCCCGAACCAAAACCCCACACCCAAAUCCAACACAAGCACCCAUCUUUCUUCUCCCCACGCCCACAUGCGCGCAUAGGUCCCGCUUCUUCUCUUCUCUCAACCACCCGCGCGAGUGCCAUGCCUCCUCCGCUCCUGCUGAUCGUUUGCGUCCUCCUCCUCCUCCUCUUGCUUGCCGCGCCAUGGCCGUCCGAGGCGGCGGCGAAGCCGCUUCUGUUCCCGCUGCGGGCGCAGCAGAUGCCGACCGGAGCCAUGCCGCGGCGGCAACCGAGCAAGCUGCGGUUCCACCACAAUGUGAGCCUCACGGUCUCCCUCGCCGUUGGCACGCCGCCGCAGAACGUCACCAUGGUGCUCGACACCGGCAGCGAGCUGUCCUGGCUCCUCUGCGGCAGCGGCGCCAGCAGGACGAACGCGACGACCAAGUCCUCCUUCCGCCCGCGUGCUUCCGCCACCUUCGCCGCCGUGCCCUGCGCCUCCGCGGAGUGCCGCUCCCGCGACCUACCGUCGCCGCCGUCCUGCGACGACGGCGGCGGCGCCGGCGCGUCGAGCGGCCGCCGCCGGUGCCGCGUGUCGCUCUCCUACGCGGACGGGUCCUCCUCCGACGGCGCGCUGGCCACCGACGUCUUCGCCGUCGGCAGCGCCACGCCCUCCCUUCGCGCCGCGUUCGGCUGCAUGGCAUCGGCAUUCGACUCGUCCCCGGACGGCGUGGCCAGCGCGGGGUUACUGGGCAUGAACAGGGGCGCGCUCUCCUUCGUGUCCCAGGCCGGCACCCGGCGCUUCUCCUACUGCAUCUCCGACCGCGACGACGCCGGGGUUCUCCUCCUGGGCCACAGCGACCUCCCAAACUUCCUGCCGCUCAACUACACGCCCCUGUACCAGCCAUCCCUGCCACUCCCGUACUUCGACCGCGUGGCCUACUCCGUGCAGCUCCUCGGCAUCCUCGUCGGCUCGAAGCCGCUGCCGAUCCCGGCAUCCGUGCUGGCGCCGGACCACACGGGCGCCGGGCAGACCAUGGUGGACUCCGGCACGCAGUUCACCUUCCUCCUCGGCGACGCCUACGCAGCCCUGAAAGCCGAGUUCUAUAGGCAGAGCACGCCCUUCCUCCGCGCGCUGGACGAGCCCAGCUUCGCGUUCCAAGGGGCGUUCGACACCUGCUUCCGCGUGCCCCGGGGGAUGUCUCCGCCGCCGGGCAGGCUCCUCCCGAGCGUGACGCUGCGGUUCAACGGCGCGGAGAUGGUGGUGGGCGGGGACAGGCUGCUGUACAAGGUCCCCGGCGAGCGGCGCGGCGGGGCCGGGGCCGAUGAUGACGCCGUGUGGUGCCUGACGUUCGGGAACGCCGACAUGGUGCCCAUCAUGGCGUACGUCAUCGGGCACCACCACCAGAUGAACCUGUGGGUGGAGUACGACCUGGAGCGCGGCCGCGUCGGGCUCGCGCAAGUCCGCUGCGACGUCGCCAGCCAGCGCCUCGGCCUCAUGCUCUAGGCUCCUGUAGCACAGGGCACAGACGCGCGCGCCAUUCUUGGCGCCCCCGUAGCCCUGCCCGAGAUUUGGGCUUAAACCAUCUCGCUAGUGUUUUUCUUUUUUACGGGCAAGCACAUCUCGCUAGUGUAAAUUACGUGCCACGCCUUUUGUUUUCUUCUUGGACUCAUCGGCGGGCUAGUAGGGUUUCGCAUGUGAAUAUCGGAAUGUAACAUUACUUAUCCUCCUUCAGCGUUCCUUUUUGACGGUCUCCA